CCCGUCGGACCAGGGGGCGUGGUCGACACCACCCUCCGACCAGCCAAUCCAGUCCCUCCGUGGCGGGCGCGUCCUGAUGACGUGUAGGGACCGCCUUCUCCUUGACGUGCACUUCCGGUCCCCGGGUCGUUGUGUUUGUUUUGGAUUUUCUUUUUCUGUUCCGGUUCUUUGGGCGCCAAAAGCCUGCGCCGCCCUUUCUGAGGCCGGGAGUAAACUGCGGUGGGUGGAGAAAGCACUUUUAAGCGACUGAUGGAUCCAGAACGGGAUGGAUUUUGAGCCUCACGCGUUUGCGAGUGUUUAUCAUUGUAAUUACACUGUUUAAAUCAAAAUGCCUGGGAAAGGAAGUGCUUCUAAGAGGAAAUCUCAACAGUUAAAGAGAAAUUCAAAACAAAGAGCUGAUGAGGACGUGGAUUUGCCAGAGAACGAGGUUGGAAACACAGCAAAGAGAAACAAAAGUCAGGUGGGACAUCUGUCCUCUAAAGUAACAGGACAAGCAAAGCACACCAGCCUAAAACGGGUAACAGUAGCAUCCAACAAGAGAACAGCCUGGCAGCCUCUUCCAAACACUACUGAAGAAUAUUUGCAAAGUAUGAUGGAAUCAGUAAUUCUAGAAAUUUUAAACAGAAAGAUUAAAGGAAAAGAACAAGUUCAGUAUCAUCUCAACUGUUUAAAGAAAAGAUUACUGCAACAGUGCGGAACCCUGAAAGUCCCUCCCAGACAGCUGAACUAUUUAACUGAUGUGUCAAAUCUGCUGAAACUAGAAAAGGCCCAGGAAAGAGCUAACGAAGAGGGCCUGGCUUUACUGCAGGAAGAAAUAGACAAAAUAGUAGAGACCACAGAGUCGGUGACUGAGAGUAUUCAGAGCCUAAAGCACAAAAUUCAGAUGCUGACAAAUGAGGUCGAAGAGGAGGAGCAGAAGAUGAAACAGAAAUUUCACGUGGAUAGUAAUAAGGUACUGUCUCUUCCAGAACUUCCUCAGAAAAGUCUUAAGGCACCCAUACUUCAAAAAGAAAUUUUGGCACUAAUACCAAACCAGAAUGCUCUUCUGAAGGACUUGGAUGUCCUUCAUAAUUCAGCCCCAAUGAAGAACCUGUCAGCGUUCAUUCAAGAAGCCUAUAAGAAACUUGAUGGCUCUUAAAGAGUUGGGUUUUGUUUUGUUCUCAAGCAUUGUUCCAUAUUAAGUUAUUUAUGAAUUGUAAAACGUUCCUCUUUAUGACAUAGUCCCCCUCUGAGUGUAGCCUGGGCUGGCCCUGUAUCACCCAUCCUGCCUUGAACUCACAGCAAUCCUGCCUCAACAUCUGAGUGCUGGAAUUCCACGUGUGAGCUGCACAUCUGGCUCAGUGUUGUACAACUUAACUGUAAUGAUUCUACAAAGCUGAUGUUUCUGCAGAACUAUUCACCCUCUGUUUUUCGCUUUAAAAAUAGCUUUGUGGGCCUAUCAUUAGUAUCUAAUGUUCUAAACAAUGGGUUAUAGCAGUUGCUAAACCCAACAGAUGCAUAUAUACUAUUCCUAUAAUUUUACAAAAACCGUGUACUAAGAAUGAUUUUUAAAAUUAAAUAAAAAGGCCAUGUUGUAAAAGUUGA